UUCAUUCACAAUAAUUUCAUUCGGUCAUUAAAUGUCAAAUUACCAACGAAACCAAAGCAAAUGUUGGCUUGUUUUCCUUUUUAUUAGUAAUAUUUCGGCGAUUUCUUAAAAAAUGUUGCCCUCUACCGGUUAUUUCAAAGGAAUAAGCUGCCCUUUUUAUGAUAGUGGGCUUUGUGAAAGACCUUAUUGUCAUUUUCGCCACAUAAAGAAAGAAUCUCAGGGUCUAGCCAGUGACGGCAUCGAGAGUGGUGUUAUUUUACAACAACUAGUGUCCGAAGCUGUGAAAAAAGUUUUGCAGCAAACCGAGACAUCCAAUUCUCCAAGCUCUGCGGCCAGUACCGACAAUGGUGUGACCACCAACGGCGAAGUAAUUCAGAAUCACAUCCCAGCGAAAGUGACAUACAACCCCACUCCAAUCGCCGAACUCAAAAAAAUUACAAAUACAGAUACUGAAAACGAAAAUAACAAUGAACAACAACGAAAACGACAUAUCCCAGUUCCUUAUACACCCCGAAAACCCGUCAGUUUGCCUAUCACCAGGCCUGAGAUUGUAGAUUCCAAGCCCUUCAUCUACAUACCACCACCUCUAACGUAUCUUCCAGGGUCUACUGAAAAGCCCACACUCGACCCUUACUUACCAGAGGGUGGACAAGAGUCCAAAGAAAAGUACUUACAAGGUACAGAGAUAGAAUUACAAGAAUAUAAGCCAGUUGAGAAUAAGUCUGCUAAUAAAUUGAACUACACACCUUCUGACAAAAGUGGAAGUAAGAAAAAACUGUUGGAGUAUAAACCAGUGAAAGUGAAUUCCAAAAAUAAUGCCCCAGCUGUAACUUACCAACCAACACCGCGGUCACAGGUGCCCUGUUUCUCCAGUGAUGAAGAUGAACCAGACCCAAAAAAACUUAAACUUACUACUGACUUAAAUGGUCUUGAUGACCUUGGUGCAGAGUUUGAUAUUUUAGGUCAAAUACUAGACGAAGAAAAGUCAAAGGAUGAUAAAACAAAUGCUGAUAAUGGCAAAUCAAAAGAAAAGCAUAAAAGCAGCAAGUCAAGCAAAACUAAUGAUGAUGUAAAUAAAAGUAAGAAGUCUUCAUCAGAAAAACAUGACAAAAAAAGGUCAGAAAACAAAGAAAGAGAUAAAUCUAAAUCACAUGACAAAGAAAAAUCAGAUAGUAAAUCAAAAAGUUCAGAAAAAAAAUCAAGUCACAGUCACAAAAGUUCUAGUAAAGAUAAAGAAAAAAAUAAAGAUAAGGAAUCAUCUGAUAAGAAAAGACAUUCUAGUUCUAAAUCAUCUGAUAAGGUAUCAAAAAGCUCAAGCAGAUCAUCUUCUAAAGAAGUUCAUUCAAAACACUCUAGUUCAAAGAGCAGUACUAAAGAUAAAAACCAUAAGCACAGUGAUCGCAAGUCUUCAGAAAAAAAAGUAAAGGAAAAAGAUAAAUCUAAGGAAAAAAAGAUUAAAGAAAAGCCUGAAACUGUAGUUUUACCAUCUGAUCAAGAAGAUUUUGAUGAUAGAAAUAAUUUUAGUGAUGAGUUAUGUGAAGAAUUGUCUGAGUCAGAUGAAGAAGCUAUUGCUUUAGAGUGUAAGAAAAUAUUUGAAGAGUAUGUUCCAUCUGUAAAAACAAAAAUUGCAGAAGAGAUGCCAUCAAAAGAAGACAACAAUUCAGAUGAAUACAUACCAUCAAAGAAAAGAGUUUCACAUACUAUUGACAAAAACAUAAAGAUUACUCCAAAGGAACCUAUAAAACCAGAUUACAAAGUCAGUGCAGCUCAAAAAAUGGCAGAAAGGUUACCCAAAGUAAGAGAAUAUCAUGCAGCCAAGAAAGCUGAAGCUGUUAGUGCCAGCACUGAAAUGAUGAAGAGUUCAUUCACUCCGCCAGUAAGCUCUGGCAAAAUACGGAUUGCUCAUGUUCCAUAUGCAUCCACAUUAAUGAAUGCUAAGAGAGUGAUGCCUCCAAAAAUAGAAGUGAAACCAGAACCAUCCACAAGCACUAUCACACAAACUGUUAAGAAAGGAGUUUCUAGAGUAGCUCAUAUGCCAAAUGAAAAAUUCAUAGAUAGACCUGGUGUUUUAGAACCCCUUGCUUCAAAGAUACCAGCUAAUAUUAGAUCAACUUACUUAAAUAUGAUGAUUGAUGAAUGUAUUAAAAUCUACCUUUCACAUACUGAUGCAUAUGCUAGAGCUCAACAUGAAGAGCUGGCUACAAGUAAAAAAUGCAAAACAAUUCAAAUAUACAAAAACUCUGCUGUAUUAGCUGUAAGUAGGUUACGGAAGGAAUUACUAGAAUGUAAUGGAGUUAAGAAGACAGGUUCGGAUUGCACAACAUUACAGAGGAUUCCGUCGGCCAUCUCUGGAACAUCAGGUAGUGCUGGGUCUUGGAGCAUAGAAAAUAAGAAUAAAAGGAAUUUCGAAAAUCCCAAGGAAUUCACUGGUGCAAAGUUUUACGCCAACAUAUCAAAAUGGAUUCUUACAGAAGAACAGCUGCAAGAUAAUGGUUUUCCUAGAGUCCAUCCUAAUGGAACUAAGGGAAGAGCUAUGAUUUAUGCUGAGAAUAAGAAGCAAAAACCGCCUAAAGGUAUAUUCAGGACUUGCACCAGGUGUAAAAAAGAGUAUACAGUUGAUAAACGGAAUUUCCCAGCAGUUAAAGAGGAAUGUAUUUAUCACCCAAAUAAUAAAUACAGAUUUAGGGGAGAAGUCCGUUAUCAAUGCUGCAGCCAAGAUGGCACCUCAGAUGGUUGCUGUGUAGCGCCAUACCAUGUGUAUGAGUAUGUAGACUAUGAAAAUUUAAAGGGUUACAUAAGAACACUACCCCCAGAGAGAGAAAUGGAAGAUUAUGGGAUAUAUUCUUUGGAUUGUGAAAUGUGUUACACAACUAAUGGCUUAGAUUUGACUAGAAUAACAGUAAUAGAUGCGUCUUGUAAAGUAAUCUACGAAACUUUGGUCAAACCCUUACACCCUAUCAUUGACUACAAUACUAGGUACUCUGGUAUAACUGAAGAACAAAUGACUGGUGUGAGAACAACCCUGCUUGAUGUUCAAGCUACUUUGCUUACUAUGUUUAAUAGUAAAACAAUUUUGAUAGGGCAUAGUUUAGAAUCAGACUUCAAGGCUUUAAAAUUAAUUCAUGAUACAGUGAUAGACACAAGUGUUUUGUUUCCUCACAAGAUGGGUCCACCUUACAAGAGAGCCUUGAGAAAUCUGUCGUCAGAGUAUUUGAAGAAGAUAAUUCAGAACUCAGUGGAGGGCCACGACAGCGCAGAGGACGCCACUGUCUGUAUGGAGCUACUGCAUUACAAGCUGAAGGAAGACUUGAAGACUAGAUAGGGCCUUCUACAAUUUUCCUUUUUGAACUGGUAUAAAUUAUAAUAGACGUAAUCUGAAUUUAAUUUUCUGAAAAUUGUAAACCUAGCGAAUUUAUUUAUAAUACCUAUGUUGUACAUUAGUUUAGGUUUUCAUACUGUACUUUUAUUGCACUUAGGUAUAUGCAUAAAAGUUGUUUUUAUAGGUUCAAGUGUUAGGUAUUUAAGUAUUACCCUUAUAAUGUUUAAGUUAAUGAUUCUGUGAAUUUCAAUUACCUAGUUAGUUUUCAAUAUUUAUGAAAAUUUUAUAAUAUAGAAGAGUUACGAGUUUAAUUUCAUAACAAUGAAAUUGACGCAAUUUUCAUUUAAAUACUCUACUUUAUUACCAUCCUCAAUUGUUGGAUAAAAAUUAAUAAUACAAUAAAAACACAAGAGUAAAACCGAAAAUAAUAUUUUACUAGAAGACAAAUAUUACACAUAUGUAAUGUCCUUAGAACACAUA